GUUUGCGGGAGCGAGCGUCACCUCCCCAGUAAACUGACUCGCUCACUUCCGCUUAUGUGAUGGCUCAGACAGCGGCCCCCGAAUUCUGUACAGGAGUGGCUAGAUGUUGGUGAUUUCAUCCUGGCUACAUUUCCACCUUUAUAUCAAUUUCUGACACCGUAGUUUUAGACGGAUAUUCGAGAUUUCAUGGAUCUAGCACUCGACGUUUAGAACAAUUCAAAGAAGACCCAAGAUAUAUAACUGAAACUAUCUGAGGAUAAUUUCAACUGAUCUUUGAACCACACUUCACAUUGGGAAUUAUGAGCUGUGCUAUGCACAUAAUUUGAUUGAAACAUUGGGGUCAUAGAAGACAUGAGUUUGCAUCGGCAAAUGGGUUCAGAUCGGGACCUGCAGUCAUCUACGUCAUCAGUUAGCCUUCCCUCAGUUAAAAAGGCCCCAAAGAAAAGGAGGAUACCCUGGGGGUCCAUAUUCCGUAAGAAAAAAGAUCCAAAGCGGAAGUCAAGAGAAAUAAAUGUUGGUGUCGAUGGCAUUGCAAGCAUUGAAAGUAUUCAUUCGGAAAUGUGCACAGAUAAAAGCAUAUUCACUCAGUCAGUGAACUCCCCUGACAAUGGGACAAACACAGCAACUAAGCAAAAUGGAGACUUUAUGGAGUGUCCCUUAUGCCUUUUACGGCAUUCUAAAGACAGGUUUCCUGAAAUAAUGACUUGUCACCACAGGUCAUGUGCAGACUGUUUGCGACAAUAUCUCAGGAUAGAGAUCUCUGAGAGCAGAGUCAACAUCAGCUGUCCUGAAUGCUCUGAACGUUUUAAUCCUUAUGAUAUCCGCCUCAUACUAAAUGACAGCUUAUUGAUGGAAAAAUAUGAAGAGUUUAUGCUCAGGAGGUGGCUUGUUGCUGAUCCUGAUUGUCGAUGGUGUCCAGCUCCAGACUGUGGAUAUGCUGUGAUAGCAUUUGGAUGUGCCAGCUGCCCAAAACUAACAUGUGGCCGCGAGGGAUGUGGCACAGAGUUCUGCUACCACUGCAAGCAAAUCUGGCACCCGAACCAAACAUGUGAUGCUGCCCGGCAAGAGAGAGCGCAGAGCUUGCGCCUCAGGACAAUCCGUUCCUCAUCCAUCAGUUAUAGCCAGGAAUCUGGGGCUGCAGCAGAUGAUAUUAAACCCUGCCCUCGGUGUGCUGCAUAUAUAAUAAAGAUGAACGAUGGUAGCUGCAACCACAUGACCUGCGCAGUGUGUGGCUGUGAAUUUUGCUGGCUCUGCAUGAAAGAGAUCUCUGAUUUACAUUAUCUAAGUCCUUCAGGAUGUACGUUUUGGGGGAAAAAGCCGUGGAGCAGAAAAAAGAAGAUCCUUUGGCAGUUAGGCACUCUGGUCGGAGCACCAGUGGGGAUAGCUCUAAUAGCCGGUAUUGCAAUACCUGCUAUGAUCAUCGGGCAUUCCUGUGAGGUUGGCAGAGAAAUUCACAAUCGCUAUGAAGGUAAAGAUAUUUCAAAGCACAAGAGAAAUCUUGCUAUAGCAGGGGGUGUCACGUUAUCCGUUAUUGUAUCUCCAGUUGUUGCUGCUGUAACUGUAGGUAUUGGGGUCCCUAUAAUGCUGGCCUAUGUCUAUGGAGUAGUCCCCAUCUCAUUGUGUAGAAGUGGAGGUUGUGGAGUGUCAGCAGGAAAUGGCAAAGGAGUGCGGAUUGAAUUUGAUGAUGAAAAUGACAUCAAUGUUGGAGGACCAAAUACAGCUGCAGAUACCACUUCUGUCGCUGAAGCACGCCACAAUCCAAGCAUUGGAGAAGGAAGUGUCGGAGGGAUGACGGGCAGCUUGAGCGCCAGCGGCAGUCACAUGGAUAGAAUUGGCGCAAUUCGAGAUAACCUAAGUGAAACGGCGAGCACCAUGGCUCUAGCAGGGGCCAGCAUCACAGGCAGCUUGUCUGGAAGUGCUAUGGUGAAUUGUUUUAACAGGCUGGAAGUCCAGGCAGAUGUGCAGAAGGAAAGAUAUAGCUUGAGUGGAGAAUCGGGCACUGUGAGUUUAGGCACAGUCAGUGACAAUGCGAGCACCAAAGCAAUGGCUGGAUCCAUUCUCAAUUCCUAUAUCCCGCUGGACAGGGAAGGAAACAGUAUGGAGGUGCAAGUGGAUAUUGAAUCUAAGCCAGCUAAAUUCAGGCACAACAGUGGCAGCAGUAGCGUUGAUGAUGGCAAUGCACCUAGUCGCAGCAAUGCCGGAGGGUCUGCAGCUUGUUUAACAGAUAGUAAAUGCAGCGCUGCCAAGUGGUCCAAAGAAGCAACAGCAGGUAAAAAGUGUAAAGGAAAACUGCGAAAGAAAAGUAGCACGAAAAUAAAUGAAACCAGAGAGGAUAUGGACGCUCAGCUUCUAGAGCAACAAAGCACUAAUUCAAGUGAAUUUGACUCGCCUUCUCUGAGUGAUAGUAUACCAUCCGUUGCAGACUCUCACUCAAGUCAUUUUUCUGAAUUCAGUUGUUCUGAUAUGGAAAGUAUGAAAACCUCAUGCAGCCACGGGUCCAAUGAUUAUCACACACGUUUCACUACAGUCAGCCCACUCCCAGAGGUAGAAAAUGACCGUUUGGAAAAUUCGCCUCACCAAAGCGGGAUUCCUGUUGUCCCAACACCAGUUCCUUGCACAGAUGUCCUACAGCUCAGUUAUAUAGUGGAAGAAAGAGUUGCGCACAACAUAUCGCAGGCAGACGAAUCGGACUGCAGUGCUGAAACCACAAAAGACGCAAAACCCCAUUCUGAACUGGGCAGUACAAUUCAGACGGACAUCUAGUCCUAUUUUUGCUGCAGUACCAUUUUUUUACCACUAACCGGCCCUGCUCACAAGGACUGCUUUGCAAAUUGGUUAAACUGCUUAAAAUAAUUAAAAAGAGAGAGAUGAAACUUC